AUGGGUAAGAUUACGAAGUUGGUUGUUUGUGGACCGACUGGUUCUGGGAAAACUUCUCUGAUUGAACACUGCAUAUAUGGGAACUAUUUUGAAAGGCAACCGGAAGACUUUAUUUCGACUUAUGAAGAUACUUAUAAUGCCGUUGUCGAGACAGAUCGUGGUUUUAAAGAAAAAGUUCGAAUUUACGAUCUUGGAGGGAUGACUAAAUUGGAAAAACAUUUUGUGAAUUGUGCUGAUGCAUUCAUUUUGGUAUAUGAUAUAAGCGAUUCCAAAUCUUUCAGCUCUGUUCAAAGUUUAAAACAAGACAUUGACAAAUAUCGCGAAAAACGUGAUUUAUGUAUUGUACUUAGCUGUCACAAAGUUGAUAAACCUAAAGAUGCAACUUUAGAUUCUACAGAAGUUUCUCGAUGGUCUCAAUCGGAAAAAGUGGCAAAUAUAUUUGAAACAACUGUGUAUGACCGCCAAUCACUCAUGAAUUUAUUCACAUGGACUGUUUCCCGUAUCACUCAGUCCCAAAGUAAAUCAGGAUUUUCAUUCGAGCAUGUACCAAAAACAAAUCCGAAAUCAUUAGAUGUGUUUCGUAGGGAACCAAUUCAUAUAUUAAUACCUGCACAACCAAAUUCUAAUAUAAAUAAUAAUCCUAUCACUUCAUAUUCUAUUGGUCCAUGUACAUAUAUUUUAUCAAUCUCUGAUAAUUAUUUAAUAUCUGGUCAUUUGAAUGGCUGGUUAGUUAUUUGGUCAAUUAAAAAAUAUCGUCCUUUACGUCAAUGGAUUGGGCAUAAUGGAUAUCAAAUUACAAGUUUGCAUUUUUGGCCUCGAAAUAAUAAUUAUGGUGUGAUAAUAUCUCAUGGUCGUGAUGGCUUUAUACGUUUUUGGGAUUUAAGCAAUUUACAAUUUGAUACGACUGAAGUGUUUAAACCUCUUGAUCAAAUUUUUGGUGAAAUUCAUACAUAUGAUAUCUCAUUUUGCAAUUCCGAUUUGUGGCGUGCAUAUACUACAACGAGUAGUAGUAACAACAACAAUUCAGCGGAUGUUUAUUUCUUGGCCCAUUUGUGUCAAGAAGAAACAGAUGAUGAUGAUAAUAAUAAUUCUUCAACAUCUAAUAAAGAACCGUCUAUCGAAAUAAUCCAAUUGCCUCAAUUUAUAUUUAUUUGUCAGCAGUCAAUUAAUUCUAUUCAAACUUCUUGUCAAAAUGUUACAAAUCUAGGCAUGUGUAUGACAUUAAAAGGAAUUGAAAAAACUUACCCCAUAAAUCAAAUACAUUCUAUUCUAUUGGCCGGCUUCGAAUCUGGGCACUUAAUUUUACUAGGUGAUGGUCGAGUGUUAAGUGUGCUUAAUUAUCCUUUGGGCCAAACUAUCCCCAUUAUGACACUUUCUAUUCAACCUGUUUUUAAACAGCAAUUAUGUAAGGAAAGUGCAAAUCGAAUGGAAACAAAUGUCAAAUUCGUUGUUUUGGGCGGACCUAGUGUGGAUAGUUUUGAUACAGACACAUCGGUCGAUGGAAACAUAGCCUUUGUACAAUUGGAAUUUGAUUCUCAAAUGACAAAUUAUUUUAAAUUGUCUAAAAUUCAUAAAUCACUUAAUAAUUGUAUUACUGGUAUUUCAUGUUUUGCAUGGCGUGAUGAUGGCCGUCUGUUAGCAGUUGGUCAAUGGGAUGGUAAAAUACGUUUAAUUGACGUGCAUUUCAAAAAUAAUCUACUUAAAAUCAAAUGUUUAGGUUAUCUAUCUAGUUUAGGUAGUUUAAAUGAAGGGAGUUUAAUUGGUGAGUGGAGUUCUACAACACUGACUCAACCACAUGGACCUAAUAUCGAUCAACAAUCCAGACUAAUUCGAUCAUGUACAUUUACAAAACAAUCUCAUUUUCUAAUUACAUCUGUUCCAGCAAAUGGUGGAGCAUUAGGUAGUUUACUUGUAUGGGAUAUUUAUAGAUAGAUUUGUGGAUAUUUUAUUUCAAACUUUCAGUUUUGUAUCAUUCUUGAUCUUUUCAAAGAAAAAUAACUACAAAAUACACAUGCAUUAUUUUUGUUAAUAGAGUGAUUUCAUUUUGUUUCACCCUUGUUAGCUUUUCGUUCAAUAUAUUUACGAAUUAUAAGAAAAUUACAUGAAAAUUUAAAUAUUUG